AUGCAGGACACGCGCACCCCAGUGACCAUUAUCACAGGCUUCCUGGGAUCCGGGAAGACCACCCUGAUUAACCACAUCCUCACGAGUGAUCAUGGGAGGAAAAUCUGCAUCAUCGAGAAUGAGUUCGGCGAGGUGAACAUUGACAAUGCGCUCGUCAUCGACACCAUUGAGGAGAUCUUUGAGAUGAACAAUGGCUGCAUCUGCUGCAACAUCCGCGGGGAUCUGGUUCGUGUGCUGGACAAGAUCCGCAAGCGCAAGAACAAGUUUGAUGCCAUCUUCAUAGAGACCACGGGCCUGGCCGACCCAGCACCCGUCGCUCACACCUUCUUCAUGGACGAUGGCAUGAAGGAGUCAUUCCGUGUGGAUGCCAUUGUCACCAUGGUGGACUGCAAGCACGUGAUGCUGGCAAUCAAUGACGACCGGCCCGUGGGCUGCCUGAAUGAAGCAGAGCGGCAGCUUGCCUUUGCUGACAAGCUCAUCCUGAAUAAGGUCGACCUGGCAACCAAGGAUGAGAAGAAGGAGGUGCUGGCGUGCAUCAAGGGUGUGAACCCUGGGGUGGAGAUCCUCGAGUGCGAGUAUGCAAAGGUCGAUGUGGAGAAAAUUUUGGACGCCCGUGCCUUUGAGUUUGGGAAGACUCUCACCGCUGAGCUGGAGGCCCGGGAUGCCGCUGGCAGCGGGUCUGACGAGGAGGACCACGUGCAUGACACGCGCGUCUCCUCGGUGGGAAUCGUGCUGGACGGUGAGCUCGACACCGAAAAGUUCCAGGAGUGGCUGAGCAAGCUGCUUUCAGAGCACGGCCCCGACAUCUUCAGGAGCAAGGGCAUACUCGCCAUGCACGGCACCGACGAGAAGCUUGUCUUUCACGGAGUGCACAGCAUCUUGCAGUUUGGCAGCUCGGCCGAGGGCAACGUCAAGGCUUGGGAGGAAGAUGAGCCCCGAGUGUGCCGCGCCGUGUUCAUAGGCAAGAAUCUGGACCGAGAGGCUCUGGACAAGGGCUUCAGGUCCUGCUUGGCUGUCGUGAAGCCCAGGAGCAAGGAGCCCAAGAGCAAGGAGCCCGAAGCAUAG